AUGGCCCCCGCUUUCCCGCGCGGGCCUUCCGCAUCCGCUCCGGAAAUCGAGGAGGAGGGAAGCGCGCUGCGACCUGUCGAACCCAGGACCGGCGCAUCUACUAGCGCCGUCGUCGGCGGCGCCACCGGCGGCGCUACCGCCGCCGGGGGCGGCGCAAGCGGGGUUAGCGGAGUGGUUGCGGCGGAGACGAAAAGGGGGAGGCUGCGGAAACCAGGGCGGAGAGAUUUGGGGGAUAGCAGCGCUGGGGAAGAGUCGGAGGGGUUUUUGAGCGGAAAGGAGGAUGGGGGGGAAGGGCGGGGGUUGCUGAAGGGCAUUCUGAAGCGCGGUGGUGGGGGGAGUCAGGGGGGGGGAGGGAGUGUGGGGGGAGGGAGUGUGGGGGGAAGCGGAAGCGGAGGAAGGUUCGGGUCGAGUUUGUCAGAGGAGGAAUGGAAGGAGUAUUUCAAGAAGAGCCUUACGGAGAUUUUCAUGGGGUCGAAGCUUAACGUGCUGAUGCCGUUCAUUGUGAUCUCCAUUGUGUGCGUGCAGCUGGAAGUGUCGCAGGGCUACAUAUUCCUCUUUUCUCUCCUUGGGAUUGCUCCCUUGGCUGAACGGCUAGGAUAUGUCACCGAGCAACUCGCACUCUACACUGGUCCAACUUUGGGCGGGCUGCUGAACGCCACCUUUGGCAACGCAACGGAGCUGAUCAUCAGCGUGUUUGCGCUGCGCAACGGCAUGAUCCGCGUGGUGCAGCUGUCGCUGCUGGGCUCCAUUCUCUCCAACAUGCUGCUUGUGCUCGGCUGUGCCUUUUAUGCCGGAGGGCUGCGCUACCGCGAGCAGAAGUUCAACAAGACGGCAGCACUGGUGAAUUCAGGGCUGCUGCUGAUGGCAGUGAUGGGGCUGGCCCUACCUGCCAUUCUCCACUCCACACACACGGAGAUCCGAGACAACGACUCGGAGCUCGCUCUUUCCCGCAUCAGCAGCUGCAUCAUGCUCGCAGCCUACGGUGCAUACCUCUACUUCCAGCUCAAGUCCCACGUGCAUCUGUAUGAUGAGAACGCGAGCGGGGAUGCAGCAGGGAGUGCGAAGAUGGGCAAAGCGGCGGUGAUUGGCACGUGCAAUAGUCCGAGAAUGAAGAUGGUGCACCCGGGGGCGACCACGAUCGCCAGCCCAAGGGACUUGGAGGUGGGCAAGGAGGACGACGAGGAGGAGGAGGAGGAGGAGGUGCUGGGGCUGUGGGGGUCCAUCGUGUGGAUGGGCAUCGUCACCAUCUUCAUCGCCAUCCUCUCUGCGUACCUCGUUGAUGCCAUUGAGGGAGCGAGCAACAGCUGGGAUAUCCCAGUGGCGUUCAUCAGUGUGGUCAUCCUGCCCAUUGUUGGCAAUGCAGCAGAGCACGCUUCUGCUAUCAUCUUUGCAAUCAAGAACAAACUGGACAUUGCUCUUGGUGUUGCCAUCGGAUCGUCUACACAAAUCUCCAUGUUUGCGAUUCCGCUGUGUGUGGUGCUAGGAUGGGCCAUGGGAGUGCCGAUGGAUCUCAACUUCCACAUAUUUGAAACCGCCACUCUCUUUGUGACUGUGCUCGUCGUGUCGGCACUGCUUGCUGAAGGAGAAGCUAAUUAUUUCAAGGGCAUCAUGCUGUACUUCGUCGUUUUCUCCUCUUCCCUCUCGAGACGCACUAUGGCCGCAGUUACAGCAAUGGCAGCGGCGACUAUGCCUGCUCUGUGUAGCGCGUCGCGACAUUUCCAGUCGGGCGCAAGUGUGCGCAUGAGCGAGUCGGCCACACCACGGCUUACACUGAGGAGUAGAGAGCUGCGGCAUCAACGGCUCGUAGUACGAGCAGCUAAGGGGGGAAAAAGCAACUCGGAGGAGGAUGAGGGGCCCAAGCUGAGCUCCGCGGAGAGGUUAGCGGCACUGGAGGAGAGGCUGGGGAAGGGCAAGAGCACUAUUUGGAGUGUCACACCAGAGCCUGAGCCGACACCUCCCCCGAAGGCAGAGCCUGUGUUUAGGAUGUCGGGAGAGAAGUCGAGUUUUGAGAAGCUGGCGGAAGCAUGGCUAGCCAAGGAAGGUGGUCUUACCAAGCUCAACGAUUUUGCUUACAAGGCCAUCUUUGCACUGGCUGCAGCUGUUGCUGCUGCUGCUGCUGCUGCUGCUGCUGCUGCUGCUGCUGCUGCUGCUGCUGCUGCUGCUGCUGCUGCUGCUGCUGCUGCUGCUGCUGCCGCUACUGAUACUGCGGCACUGGCACGAGGCGUCUCGACUCAUGACUUUACUGAUACCGCGCCGCAUCACCCCUACCGACUCUCCCGUCGUUCCGACCUAAAUUCGGCGCGCCGAUCUUCUGUCGGCCCGAUCUCAUUUCCAGUCUCUGCGCUAGGAUUCUUCCCGCAUAGAGCGGCACGGCGAUUCUCAGCAGCACGACAAGCACCCGUUUUUCCAUUCUUCGGCCGCGCUACCCUCCUCCCCACCGCCCCGUUUCAGAGUCGACUCAAAUCAGGUCUCCUUUAUGCCCUACCCCCACCCGCGCCGCUUGUCGCCGCUCCUGCGCCCUCUCCUCUCCUUCCCGCUCCGUCCCUGGAUCCCUCCCCAUCAACCCUUUCGAAGCUUUCUUGCAAUUGCCGCCAUGCGCGUUGCACUGGUCACCGCGCCGCGAUCCGCGCCGCUCCACGCGCUUCUGCUGACGCGGGGGAGGUGGACGCGAGGGGACACGUGGCGUGGGGGGAUUGGGAUGUUACUCCCGUUCCUCCGGUUUUUCUGAUCCCGCCCUCUUCCCUCGCCUCAUCACCUUCUCAUAACCCCCCCAUGCGCCCUCCCACGGGUCGCGCGCCUGUCCCUUCCGCCAGUCCCUUCCAUCCGCCCGCACUCUGCAAGUCGACUCCACGCAUUCCACGCCCUGCUGCCUACUCUCCGCCCUCCACCUCACUUCUCCAUUUUCCUCCCUCCUCCACCUCCUCUGCCUCUUCCGUCCCCUUCUCCUCCCCCCCUUCCCCUUUCGUCUCCUCCGCCUCCGCCCUCCGGGUUCCAUCUUCCCGGGUGCCAACCGCCGCUGCCUCUCUCACCACUCGCGCCUUCCCCCCUGCAUCUUCUUCCUCUCCGCUCGUCCCUCCUCCCGUCAAACCCCGCGGGAUCCCACUCGCCCCCUCGCGUCAGCGCAAACGCCACAAAGUGAAAGCACAUGCAUUUCCCGGCGCCUCCUCCCCCUCCUCCUCCUCCUCCGCCUCUACCCACUCCGCCCCGACCGCAUUCCAGUCCCACAGAAGGGGGCGCAAGCCGAACGCGGCCAAGGAGACCGUUUUCGAGACGUCUCAAAAGCCGUCCUCCUCGUCCCACUCUCACGGCAACAAGGGGCGCAAGCCGAGAGCGGCGGCUAAGGAGACGAGCCAUGAGACGUCAAAAAAAUUGUCUGCAUCCCAGUCUCAUACCAGCAAGGCGCGCAAGCUGAGCGCGUCGAAGGAGAGGGAGGUGAUAGAGUGGUACCGCGGGCACAUGGAGCAGUGCAAGAAGCAGAGCGCACGCGAGCUGGUGAAGAACCUCGAUUAUUCCAAUAUUCUGGGGGUCAACCCCUCGUUCAAGAAUGGAAAGUGCGUGCACUGCCCAGUUCUCCACCCCACCACCACUUCACACCGCCAUUCCCACUUCUCCCUUCGUUUCCCCCGCUUCUCUCUCGCCUUACCCUCCCUUGUUCCUCUCCCGUCUCUCUCCUCCCCAUCGUCUCCCCCUGCCCGCCCUGCCUCCCCUGCAUGUCCGCUCCGCAUGGCAUGGCAGGUGGGCGAGUUUUACGAGACGGUGGGCGAGUUUUACGAAACCGUGGGGUUUGAUGCGUGUCUGCUGGUGGAGCACGCAGGGCUCAACCCAAUGGGCGGCGCCCGCCCCAACACCGUGCCCAAAGCCGGCUGCCCCACCAUCAACCUGAUGCAGACACUGGACGCGCUAACGGGCCACGGGCUGUCUGUGGCCAUCGUGGAGGAGGCUCAAGACACCUCGCCUGUGGGGGGACGGACCGGCGCUGCUAGCAAGAAGGGAAAGCCACGCUUCUUGGGAGGCCACGCGCACCCCGGCAGUCCAUACGUGUACGGCUUGGCGCGCAGCAACGUGGAGAUCGAAUUCCCCCCGCCGCGCCCCAUCUUGGGCAUAGCGCGCACGAGUGCGAGUGGGUACACGGUGGUGAGCGCGUGGGAGAUGACGCAGAACUACUGUGUCGAACCACUACUUACUGAGGAGGCUGCUGUGGCGAAAUUGAGGGCCAGCGGCUGCCACCGCUGCUUCGUGCACUCCUCUGUUACUGAUGGAGGGGGGUGGCGGGACCAUGGAGCAGGGGGAAUGCUGUUCUCCGAGUGUGUGGCCAAGGGCUAUGACAAGUACGAGGGCGACCAUGUCAAUAGCCUGCUCAAUAAGGUGCGAGAUCUGUACGACCUGGGCGCAGUCUCCUUCCAGCAGCUGCAGCUGCCACCCCCCGACUCCCGCCCUAGACCGCUCUACGUCUCCACGGCCUCCCAAAUAGGCAUUUUACCAACACGGGGAGUGCCCAGUCUGCCGCACCGUCUGCUCCCGGACAAUGCAGCGGGCCUCUCUGUGUGCCUUGCGUACCUGUGCUCGCUGCUGCUCACCCCGCCGCCUCCCGAGGUCGCCACCAGCAUCCAAGAUGCGUGUUGCCUGUUGUAUCACCUACCCGUGCUGCCCGAGUUCCUGUGUGUGCCGCCCUCGCGUCUGGUGAAGCUGAUCUCAGCAGCGGAAGCCACCUCCUCUGAGCUGCUCAGAGUGCGAACACUCGCCAGAACCUUCCUGGAUAUGCUGCAGGACUCAGGUCCUGCCAACAUUAGCAGCAGCGGCAGCGGCGGCGGCGGCAGCGGCGGCAGCGGCGGCGGUGGCAGCGGCAGUGGAGGUGGUUUGAGCGGCAGUGUGGUGAGGGAAGGGGGGAUGCGGCAGCUGGCACUAGAUCUGCUGGUGCCCACGGAACUCGCAUGUGGCUUGCCUCUCCAUGUCGACACAUUGGCGCGGGAGUGUGAGGCGAUAUGUGCGAUGGUGAGCAACGUGUUGCUGGAUGACACUGCCCACCUCAUGGAGGCACCUGCACCUGCACCUGCUGCUGGGGUAGAAGAGGGAGCGGAAGGUGAAGAGGAGGAGGUGGCCGGGGGAAUUGCUGCUGGGAUGCAGCAGUUAGGGAAUGAGACAAGACCAGUGCUGCAGCAGCAGCAGCAGUUAGGAGUACUGGGGAAGCAGGGAGGAGGAGAGGGAUGGAAGGGGGAGGAGGAAGGGGAGGACGGAGGGGAUAGGGGGGUGGCCAUUAGUGGGAGUGAAUUUCAGGCGAUGGAGGAUUUUUUUGAGGUGAUGGAGGUGCAAUGGAGGGGUCGAGUGCGGUACGAGCACAUACAGGCGGAGUGCGAGAGGGUGGCCAGGGCUGCAGAGCGGUACAAUGAAGUGGUGAAGCGUGACCUGAUGCCCUUUGUCAACCGCAGUCGCAGCCUCUCCCCACGCACCUCCAGAGCAGCGGACAGGGGCGUGGAGAUAGCAGCAUACCGAGACCACGGGGUGCUGCUCAAAGGGACCCGCGCCAAGGCACUGGUGAGCGACUCCAGCGACCCUCUGCAUGCGCUGGUGCAGCAGCUGGUGCCGGCGGCGGUGGAUAGCAAGGGCAAGAAGGCGGGCGACGGUUGGUACUCCACUCAUGCCGUCGAUGAAGCUCUCUCCGAGUACAAGGACGCAGUAGCUGCAGCACACUUUGCGGUGGUGGCAGCGCUGCAGCAGCUGUCCCGUGAGCUGCAGCUAUACCUCAGCAGCAUUGUGGCUGUGGCUAACUUUGGCAUCGUCGCCCGCACCCUCGACGCACACGUCAGGUGCUACUCUCAUCGCCUGGUUCCCUACUGGCUAGACCACACGCCAGCCUCCCCCGCAGUCCCCAACACGCUCUCUCUCUCCUCGCUCGCGCUCCUCACGGGGCCCAACGGCGGGGGAAAGUCGUCGCUGCUGCGGUCGGUGUGUGCGGCGGCGCUGCUGGCGUCGUGUGGGCUGAUGGUGCCGUGCGUGCGGUCGGCGCACGUGCCGUGGUUUGAUGCGAUUGUGCUGCGCAUGAUGCCCGCUGAUAGCCCCUCUGACGCCAAGAGCUCGUUCCAG